AGGCACAGCCGCUCGGCACAGGCUGGCAGCCGUGCCCGGACGCAGCUCCGGCGGGCAUCUGCCCCUCAGCUCGGCGUUAGCGAGCCUCGAGUUGCACAAGGAGCUGGGAAACAGAACAGGCCCCAGCGCCUCCUUCAUUCUCCCAGUGUUAUUUAAUAGUAAUUCCGAAUACGUUUAAACGUUCGCCAUACGGCUCUGCCCCGCUUUUAUAUUAACGCCUUAUGGCGUUAUUAUCCCUGAGAGAACUCUGCAGCUGAUGGCAGGAGCGCAUGAGGAGCAGGCACAGCUGCACCCAUCGCCCAGCUCCCCUCCAUAACCGCCAAGCGUUGCUUUAUCCACGAGCGCAAAGCGUUUACAAAAGCCCCGCUGCUCCUAAGGAAAACAAUCCCGAUCGCACAAAUAAACGCAUCUGCCCAGAAGGAAAAACGAGCGGCUGGCUCCAGAAAGAGACGGUUUAUUGUUAGAUUUAAAAAAGGCACGGUACAAUAUUCUCUCCCUGAAAAAAAAAAAUAGAAAUAAAAAAUUUAAAAAAAAUAAAAAUAAAUUUAAAAAAGACGACACCGCGGAGGGCAGCCCCAACAGGACCUACCGCCCAGGGCUCCGCGCACCCCCAAAAAGUGCCGUGUCCAUCGCGGCUGGCAGCGGCAGGCGCCGAGCGGGUCGGAGGAAACGGCAAAGCAAGCACCGAACGAAUCGAAUCGAAUCUAGUGGCGGCACCGAAAGCGAGGAAACGAGCGAAAAAUAAAUCCCCAGAAGGCGCAAAGCUGAGCCACGAGCUGCGAGAAGCGGCGGGAUUAGGGUGGCGGCGAGCGGCCGGGCAGACGGACGCAUCGAGCCGGGAGGGAAAAAGGGAAAAAGGAGAGAAAAAUCCUUCCCGGCGCCGCGGCCGGCAGCGAGACGGCGCGUCUCCAUUUUCCCGAGCAGGAGGAAGAACGAGUGUUUCACAGACCACAGAGCUUUAGAGAAAAGCAAAGAAACGAGGGGGGAAAAAAAGAGGGAGGAGAUUUGAAAAGAUUAUUUUUCUUUCUCCCUCACACACUCUCUCCAUCCCCUCUCCCCCUCACUCUCUCUCUCUCACACACACACUCACACACACACACUCUCCCUCCUCUCCUUUUCCAUCCCUCUCUCGAUGGCCAUCAAGGGGGCGGAAAAUAAAAAAAAAAAAAAAAGACAACAACAACAACUAAUUUUAAACCGGCUCAAUCAAUGAGUCAUUAAAAGAGAUUUUUCUUCCCUCCUCUCCUGCAUUUGCAUGGCAUCAGCAAGAAAAAAAAAAAAACCCACCCCAAACCUCUCCCCUCUCCGCAGCUAUCAGCCUGGACCUGAAACCUUAUCUCCCCCAACCUCCCCCCGCGCCUUUAUUUUAAGAAACAACUUUUCUUUUUUUUUUUUUCUUUUUUUUCUUUUUCUAAGUGCCCUCGGCAGCCGCCGCCGCCAGCCUCGCCGCAAACGGAGAGAUAUGGUUCAUUUCCAUGUGAAUCCACAUCUAUCUGCCCGAACAACAGCCGCACCACGCGUCCCUCUUCUUCCUCCCGGCCCCUCUGCUCGCUCUCUCCCGAUAUAUAUUUAUAUACAUAGCCCCAGAGCCAAUAGCUCUCUGGGCUGAAACCUAAUAUCCUGGUUUUGGCAACUCCUGGCUGUUAAUUUGCUCCUCUUUCUUUUCUGUCUGUCUGGAGAUAGAUUUCCCCCCUCUCUUUUCCCUCCCCGAAGGAAGGGAGGAAGGAGGUUGUGUGUUUUUUUUUUCCUUGAAAUUUUUAUCACAAAAUUAUAAUACACUCAAAGGGAAACUCACCGUCAUGAAAAAGCAGUGCCUUGUCAACGGGGUUUCUUCGCCAUCACAUCAGGGGCUGGCAGUGUAAGAGAGAGAGAGGGAGAGCGAGAGAGCGAGCGAGGGAGGGGGGAGCGAGAGAGGGGGAAAGAGAAAGAGAGCGCGAGGAGAGCGGAGCCGCGCCGCGCCGAGCACAGUCGCGCACGCCGCGCCGCCCGGCCCGGGCCGCCGCUCCGCUCCGCCGCCAGACAAUGCCGCACCGGCGCGGCGGCACACGCAGCCGCCGGGCGGGCAUGGUGACUGCUCCGCCGCUCGGCCCGCCGCACGGCAGGCCCUUUAAAAACUUUCGCCGGCUUUCUCCCCUCCACCCCCUCGAGAAACCCGUAGGUCUGGUAGCGUGUACGAGCCUGGGCUGCUUGCUUUCGGUUGCGAGCUGGGGGGUGUUUGAGGGAAAAGAAAACCGGGAGGGGGAAAAAAAAAAAAAAACGUUCCCCACCGAACCCAGCGUGGACGUUAAGAACUUGAGUGAUGUCCGUACUGAGUUGGUAAAACGCUGCAGCGCUGCGGGGGGGCAGGACCACCCCAAAAUGAAACGCAGGGUCACCCUGGAAAAACCAGGAUCUGACCCUGUGACGGGCUGCGGCAGUACUAAAGGUGUGCCCUUCUGUCACCGCCCGCGCUUGGAACAAAGGACGCCAGCUCCAGUAGCUUGACAAAGUUUCAGGUAACUUCCAAAUGGGAGUUUGGAGUUACAGCUCAGGCUCUGACCCCCGCUGCUACAGCUCUGCAGUCUGCUUCAGUUACAAACAUUAAUCACAUAGUUUUGUUUAAAGGUUUUUGGUUGUACAAAGCUCGCUCAACUUUAAAUAUUCACUGCAUUCAUUAAAAAUGCAAUGAGAAAAACUUUAUUCAAGCGAUCUUACAAGCCUGUGUUUUCGCUCUUUUUAACUUAAAAACAGAUUCUUAGCAUGAAGAAACGUAAGCUAAUGAUAAGAAAUCUUUUCCAAGAUCCUCAUCCUACUGGUAAUCUUAAUUCCCAGGGACUCUCAGAGAGUGCCCCCCCCCCCCCCCCUUUUUUUUUCCCCCUAAGAAAUAGAGCUUCAUUAAAAGUCCUUAGGGGAAGGAUUUGAAGAUGUAUUUAGUAACGUUCUUCUUAAAUAGCCUUAUAGCUCAAAAAAUGUGCCUUUAGUUUUUAAACAGAAUGGCACAAAAAUGGAUGUGGGCAGUGCGCUGAGUGGAACUUCUCCAAGAAACAGUUGGGCAGGGUUGGUUUUUUUUUUCUGUUAAAAGGCAUAUUAAAAUUGUUUUUAAAUUAAAAUCUGGUUAAUAUUAUUUGUAAGCAAUAGCAAUUCAUAAUAUAAUACAGGAAAUAAAGGUUAAGCCUGGUCCUAAACACAAGCUGUAGCUAAGGUGUAUCCGCAAUUCUUGCUUACUUGCAUGCCCACAGCAGAAAGACUCAGAUCACUGCGUGCGUGGGAAGGCCCAGCCCAGCACGCAUCCAGCAGGUCCUUCAUGCGGCCCAGACAAACUAUGCAGCAGCAUAGCGCUGCCUGGUGCAUCAGCCAAUACAUGAGCUGCACUUGCAAGGACUGUGAGUGGUCCACAGUAUGGGAAUCGAUACCACACGUCAAAGAGCUCAGCACCCUAACUGCUCUUACUUCUGACACGAGCAUUAGAAAAUCAGAAAGGCCAAACUUCAAGGUCCCUAACUUCAGGAAAUCUUCCAGUGGCUAAAACUGCUCUGAAUGAAAACCUACUUGGCCUCACUGACUUCAGAGAAUUUUGUGCAAGUAAGAACCUUUGAACUGGAAAGAAGCCACGACUGUUCUUCUGAUUUGGUUCACAGGAUGGAACUUAGCUUCAGAGGGACACCACUCUGAAACAGAAUAUCUGAUCAGUGUACUGCCAUCCUCCCAGUCCUGCAGAAACCACAAACAGGAAGUAAGCAAUACAAAGAAGGAGAAGGAGGAAGGAAGACAAAUGGUUUUGAAUUGAUUGCCUUGUCAUAGGGAACACGCAGAAGCCUAUGUAAAUUGCUGAAGACUAACAUAAUUUACACUUAUUUUCCCUGAGUGAUGUUUCAGAGCAGUGCUGGCAAUAACCUUACUGAGCAGGGACAGUACAAAAAUGUGUAGCUAAUAUCUACACAAUGAGACACCUGAAGCUAUAAGACUUCUCAGGAUCUACACAAGUCAGCCAGCACAAGGAUGAAAACCCUUUACAUUGCAACUGAGUGGACAAAACCGAAGCAGAACCCACGAGAGCCAUCUGUAUUCUCUGCAGAAGCAAAUCUGCAUGUAUUUCUAUAUUUGCUAUAUCUGUUCAGAAACAGUUACUAAAAAAAAAGAUAAAAGACAGGCAUUGGAUGUGACUUCAUUGGUCACAAUGAAGUAUAUACCCUUAAAGCAGAAUUAAUGUUACCUUCAAUACUAAGAAGUUUGAAAUCAGUCUUCAGCUGUACCGUACUUGCUUGCUGGUGUCCUGCAGAAUUUUCCAAGCCACAUCUGUAAAGCAGUGCUUACUGCCUUUUAUGAUGAGGUACGCAUGCUUUUUCUAAGAGGAUCACAUGAUGUUUCCGAACGGAGUCUCAUUGCCCCAGGAGCUCCCCCCUCUUCUCACUGCCUUACUGCAUUAGAACUGAAGACCCCAAUGUGUCAAAAUUCCUGUACCCCAAGGUCACCUGCCCAGAGCUGUCCUUCUCAGCCAGCCCUAUUCUCCAAAUUAUGUGCGGAGCACAUUCAGUUGCUGUCCCUCCAUAGCUUCCUCAAUGACAUUCAUUCAUUUUCUCAUUCAUUUUCAUGUAGCAGCUUCAGGAGGAGUAAGGGAAAAUACGCAUGAGAAAAAAGACCAGUGUCAAAAAGGAAUAGGAGAAAUCUGUGCAAGACAGACGUUGGCGUAGUAAUUCUUAAGUACCGCUACCAGGAACAUCAUGUGCACCCGUCACACAACAUAAUACUUGGAUAUAUUUUGACAUCAGCUGUCAAACUGUGACCAUGCUAUUUAACAACUACGGCUCGCAUAGGUGUGCAAAGACACCAAAUCACAUUUGGAGUGAGCUGAGAUACAGAGCCCUGAAAUGACAGAUUGUGUAGAAGUGAAAAGCAGGCUUUGAUACAGAGAUGAAGAAAAUAAAGGGAUACAAACCACUCCCCGUUCAUUCUCUCUUCAGGCUUCUCUGAGGUCAAAAGCCCAUUUCUCCAGCUAUGUAUCACAAGCAUUCUUAUUCUUGCGCAAUCCUACAUUAUUACCCCAAAAGAAGAUAAAAAAGAUCACGAAGCAGCAGAUUCAUGUGAAAGAAUCUAAGGGCUAAGCAUUAAAUGAAUGAAUUCCACAGUCAUCCUAAGAUUCUCACACGAAUAGCUGCUUUGUAACCUCAACGCACUGCGUCCUCUCUGAGCUAUAUUGGAUGGAAAAGAACACAAUUUACUCCAGAGCAAUCUUGCUUCCUUUUGCUGACUAUAGGUCCCAUACUACUUCAGCUCUAUUUAUGGCACUCCUUCCUCCCAUACUUCUUUAUCCCUCCAUCCCUUAACAUGGUUGUUGUGUCAGCUCAUCACCAGACACAACACUUCAACUACAUACUGCUUUUAAGAAUUACUAAUUUAGAUAAGCAUAAAUAACUCUGAGCUUGACGGCACAGAAACAAAUAGGUCAUCGUUAAAAGCUACACUCAAUAGAAAAGUAGAGGUCACAGCACUUGAAAAGUGGGGCACUCAAAUACAGUAGGAACACAGAAUUUAACUUGGAAUAGAAGAACAACAUGCUACAUUAAAAAAAAAAACAGUUCUUAACCAUAUAAACUGCCAAAUUUUGAAUAGUUACCACCAACAUUUAGAUGACCCACCAAUAAAAUUUUCCUAAAGAUUUCAAAUUUCAGGCUGACAUGCCUUACACAAAACAUUACCUACAAAAUGAAGGUCAUAGUUGCAUAAGGUAACGUACAAAAGCUGUACAAGACCAGUAUCAGUUAUCAAUGCAGGACUAUCUAACCAAUACUUAUCUUGAGGGGUGACUGGUUAGAAUGUGGGUAGUAAGAGGAGGUAACUGAGAAAAAGAGAUUCACACCUCUACCAGGGGAAAGGCAGGUUAGGUUUAUGCAACCGGAGGUUGUGUAAAGGCCAACAGGGCUGUUCUGUGAUGGAUGUAAGAUGAGGUUCUGGGGAGUUUUGCCUCCAUGAGAGGCAGAUUCAUAGUAUGAAAAUUGAUCAAUAGAAACAAAAGUGCGGUGAUUGGACCACUCAUUUAAACAAAUUACACAGGAAUAUUACUACUAGCACAGAUAAAGAAUAACUUUAUCAUGCUUGAGGUUAUUUAAAUGGAGUCUCAUAUUCCUCAGUUUAGACUACCGUAAAAUGGAUAAUUGAGUCUGAAAGAUUAAUAACUCUCACUCCCGAGUUAAAAUAACCUUAAGAGAUUCAGCUACUGGAUUGCACUGAGGAAAAACACCCCUGAAGAGAUAGAGCUUUACAACAGUAUCUGGAGAAAUAUCCAACAGUGCCAAAAUUUACAGAAGAAAUUUAGACUACAGAACAAUGGCAGAAAAUUGGGAGCUGUUCAUAGUUGGUUUCGAAUAGACAAAUGGGAAAACAACAGGUAAAUAUGGAUAAAAAAUACAUGAAAAUGUAUUUACAAGCUGACACAAGAUUAAAAAAAUAGUACCAAUUAAAAAUAGCAGUAAGGCAAAGAAGCUAACAAAAGGGCCAUUCCUAAUAGAACUGAAUUGUUGUGGGUGAUUUAAGAACAAAUAAAUACGUUAAUUAGUAGAUGUUAAUAGAAGGAACUCAGGCAAAACAAAAAGCAAACAAUCAAAACAUAGGCCUAAAACGUAAAACUACAGGGAUCACAGAAACAUCGUAGAAUACUGCGUCACUCCAUAUUUGUGUUCAGGAAUAAAACAGAAACGUGCUGAACUAUCCUUGUACAAGGCAGAAUAGAAGAACAGAAGGGACAUUAUGAAUAAAGUGCCAUCUAAGACACAACAUCUGAGAAAGAACGAUUUUACUUGGAUAUUUCUGGGACCCUACUAGAAACCAACAGUAUGAGAUUUAGAUAUGAACAAAGACUGCUGUAAUGUAAUAAUAUUAUCACUAAAAGGCACAUCAACAUGAAUGGAGUUUAUUUCCUCAGAUUUAGACUGAAGGUCAAAUUCCAGUAGCAGGAGGAAGUAGUCUUUCAAAAUGAUAACUGACAGAUUUUUUUUUCAUAAGAUGAAUAAAAAGCAAAAAUCAUAAAAGUUUACAUUUGUUAAUUAAUGAAUAUACCAUAGGAAGCCUAACAGAAAGUCAGUGCACUUGGAUAAAAUGAUUUCAAGUACAUUCAAUUGAGGAUAUUUGGAAAGAGAAAUGGAGUAGGUUUUUAACUAAGAUUCACAAUUCCGAACUUAAAAACUUUGGUAUACUGUUGAAUCUCGGUGGUUCAUUGAGCUGGCUAGUCCAGUAACUGAACAUAGUUUUCUAAAACGCCUUAAAAUGUCUAAAAUUUAAAAAGAUAUGGCACAGUUCCUACGGGUAAUGACUAGGAAAGGCGCCCUCCUAGAUUUCUUGCUUGUAAACAGAGACAAUCUUGUAGGAGAAGUGGCAACUGGUGGCCGCCUCGGUCAUAGUAACCAGGUCAGCUUUUAAGCACCACCUGUUAAGAGCACAAAAACAGGUAAUUUCUAAAUGUUGGAAGAUAUGCAAGUGGGGCAGAAAGUUGGCUUGUCUGAGCAAGGAUCUUCUGGAGCUUGGGAUGAAAAAGAAAAUGCAUGGCCCUGGAAAUGAAUUCAGGCAAUGUGAAAGAACUACAGAGAUGCUGUUCAUCACUGCAGGGAGAAAAUUUGCGUUGCCAAAGCUCAGUUAAGAGUUGAAGGUGGCCAGGAAUGUAAGGAACAACAAAAAGGGCAUUUUCAGAUACAUUAAGAUUAAGGCACAUUCAGGUACAUAAGUGCUCUGUUUCUUGAUGAGGAUGGUCACCUCACAAACAGGAGCACAGACAAAGCAGAGAUAAUUAAUACUGCCUUUGCGUGUCUUCAGCACUGAUCUGGAACCCUCAGAGCCCUCAGCUGGAAGACUGCAACUGCAGUAAUGAUAAACUCCCAGCCAGGCCUGAAUUUGUGCAGGAUUUGCUACUCUAGCUGUGUGUAUAUAUGGGGCACAAAGGGAUUCAUCCUAUAGUAUUCCAAGAACCGGCUGGUGAAAUUUCAAGACCUUUCUCAAUUAUUUUUCAAUGGUUUGGGGAAUCUGGAGAGGCCCAAGUUGACUGGAAGCUGGCAAACAUUGUCGCAGUUUUCAAGAGCAAGAAGGAAGAUCUUAGUAAUUACAGGCCUAUCAGUCUCACUUCAGUGCUUGGCAAAAUCAUGGAAAAGGUUAUUCUGGGCAUUAAUGAAAAACACCUGAAAGACAGUGCAGUCAUGGUCAACACAAGUACACAAGGAAGGGUCCUACUUAACAAAAUUAAUCUCCCUUUAUGACAAGGUCACCCACUUUGUUGACCAAGGGAAGCCAGUGGAUGUAAUGUUCUUGAAUUUCAGCAAAACUUUCAAUACUGUUUCUCACAUUAUCCUUCUGUGAUUCUGACUCUACUGGACAAAAUGAGACAGCAUCUGCAAUUUACAUACUUUGGUCUUCAGAAUUUAACUUAGGCCGAUUAGCAAGUUGGGGUCCUAAAUAUCAAUUAGAUGCUAUACUUAGACUAAACCUAAGUACACUUCUUGAGCUUUUGUAUUAAGUGUAUUUGGGCCUUGUUUUAUUAAUCUUUCAGUGUCUCUUGUCAUAAUGUGUUAUGCUUUGAAGUCCAUCGUGGCUGUUGGAGGAUAACUCAUUUUUGUAGAAAUGAUUUUGUUUCUCCACCUCUGGCACUGGGAAUACCAGACUCUCUGAAGUGACCAGCUCAGACUUGUUUCAAAACAAGCGCACCUUGACUGGUCAGAAUAUAAUUAGUAUCUUACAUGUUCCCAAGGAUUAUAUUUCAAAGCUUUCGCAUUACUCACUGCAAUUAAGAUGCACCAAGUUUUACAGUUGUUGUUCUAACUCUCUAAUUAGUGAUCUUAAAAAUACACAUAUUUUACAUUGUCUUGCUUUUCCAUAUGGCCAAAUAUUUAAAGAAUAUCAUUUCAGACCAAAUAAAAGCUUUUUUAAAAGCGGUCAGUGUACCAGCCAUGAUAAAGGACUGUGUAAAUUUUUUCAAGAGAACACAAAGAGGUACAGAGGCUUGACAGCCCCUUUUACUGAAGCCCCAGCCCACCAUGAAAAAUGUACAGUCAACAGUAUCUUCAAUUAAUCAUAAUAUAGCUUACACCUUUCUUUAAAGCCUGAUGACAGUGCCAGAAGAGUUAGAAAAGAUCUUACUAAAACUGGCAGUAGCAUACUAUGGUUGAGCAAGUCACGGAAGCACCUACUUUGCAGCCAGAAGUAAUUACAUUCACCUGCUAAUCUCUUCUGGAGAAGUUCAAUCUAACAGGCAUUCAGAGAUCGUAUCUAUCAGAUAAGAACUCCUUGCAAGAGACAGAGGCUGCUGCCUUUCUUGAAAACACAGCUAAAGGAUGAAACAGCACUUUCUGUGUUUUAUGUUGCAAUGUAUGUGUAUUAAACCCUUUGAAAUAACAAAUGUCAGUGUUGGAGGUAUGUAGUGAUGAUAAGGACUCACUGUGUUUGCACCUUCUCAGAGGAAGGAAGCAGACCUAUAUCUCAAGACCACAACUAUGAAGUUGUUAACUUUCACAAGCUCAGGAACCUCAAGAUUAAGAAUCCAUUGCAUGUAUUCUUAACAGACACUCAGUUGCUCCUGUUGGUCUUGUGUUUAUUUACCUCUCUUAUUAAAAUAAUGCUCAAAUGAGACAGGAUCUUGAACCUUCCCUCUAACUAUGCAGUACACUUCAUUUCAAGAAGACCAUGAGUUAAUUCUGUUGAGUCAAUAGAAAUCAGCAUGAAUUAGUUUUAAUCAGUACAAUAUUUCCAGGUAGGUAGCAUCCGAGGGCAAUAACCAUGAGAUACGCAUUUAAGCCGAGAAGCAUGAGUUCUAUAGCUCAUUUUUUGGAGUUCCACAGCACUAGAUCCAAUUAAGCACAUGCAACCUGCAACUUCACCUAAGACAAAUAGCAGUAUACAAUCCAAGCAACAGGAAAAGAUAUUACUGAAGUGAGUAUUAUCUACUUUCAAAGCAAAGAGGAACUAAAGAAUGUCAAGAAAAAAAAUGAAAGGGAUGAAUUAUGAUGUAGGCAGAACUGCAAGACUCUCUAGCAGCUGGAGUGCUUGCUGCAGUUUACCAACAAGCAGCAGCUAUAAGGCAGGUAUUUUGUUCAGGUGGUUACUGCUUGGGAAAUUGUAAAUCCUCUGUUUUCUAUGGAUUAUAUUGGAGCACAUUCAACAGCCUUAAAACAUCAACAUUAAAACAUCAGUGUUGCUUCCAACUAAGUCAGGAAAAAAAUUGACAGUCUUUGCAUUACCACAGAUAAAUAAAUAUAUAUAUAUAUAUAAUAUGAAUUAUACCAAAACCUCAAAUUGUAAAUAUGGAAAGUAAUUUUGGAGUAUCAAGAUAAGAUGGUUGAAAGAAUUUUACUACUCCCUUUUUAAUUUUUCAUUAUGGUCAUAAACUCCACCUCAUUGUAUCUGGGGUUAUUGUACUUGUAACCCAAAAGCCAUUUUUAGCAAUGUGAAAAGAUUCCAGUCUCUCCCAGAAGCUCCUAUUCACAAGUACAUCUGGGCCUCGUUAAUUUAAAGCUUCAAUCACCUCAGGAAAAAAAAUAAAUCAGCUCAGCAUACCUAACUUUGAGUGCUUGAAUAUAAUAAAAAAUAAUCAUCGUUAUAUCACAGCAUAUAGACUUAUUUUAUUUUUGAAUGGUCUAUAUUAGCAUUUGCUUAUAAUCUUUUAUAUAAGAAAUAUAAAGCACAGCAGGUCAUCCAUCUGGUCACACCUGUUUAAGAAUAAUAGUAGUGUUUGCACAUACUGAAAAAAACAGAAGCCCACGUUCCUGUGAGUAGCUUCACGUAUGGGAUAAGAAAUUGCAUCACAGCUCCUACCAGUAUUAUCUACAAUGGUGGGAGCAAGAAAGGCCUGUUAUGAAACUUACACACCUUUCUUACGAAAAAAGACAGAAAGAUUAUUUCCUUCUAACAGCGAAACAAUUGCACAUUGACAUGACUGCAGGUACUACAGGAAUAGAUCUGACUAUUAGCAAAAGUACUGAAGACUUAAUAACUGUAUUAUUGAAUACGCUGGUAGAAACAAAUCAAAUGAGAAUGCUUCAGGAUUUCCUUCUUGUUUUCAUGACUGACCAUUCUCCUUUUCUACAACAUAAGAGCUUUUUAAGAUUUUAAACCUCAUUCUUCAGAAACAAAGUUCUGGACACAUUAUUAUUGCAGCAUUGACGCAGUUAGGUGCUAUGACGCAUUAAACACUGUGUUACCCACCCACAUUCCAACAGAAUAGACCGUCUCUAGUUCAUCGUGCAUCCAUUACAAGAGAGCAAUACAAAUACCUUGCAGACUCCACCAACCUGCUCCAAAGUGCUGCUGUCUGGACUGGUGCUUGCUGUCCAGCAAAGUGCUGGACAAUCAUGGAACCAUUAGGGUUGGGAAAGACCACUAAGAUCAUCUGGUCCAUCCACCAACCCACCCCCACCAUGCCCACCGACCACAUCCCUCAGUGCCACAUCGCCACCUCUCUUGAGCACCUCCAGGGAUGGUGACUCCAUCACCUCCUUAAGCAGUCUGUUCCAGUGCCUCACUGCUAUGUCUGAGAAGAAACUUCCUAAUGGCCAAACAGAACCUUCCCUGGAGCAACUUGAGGCCAUUCCCUCUCAUCCUAUUACAGUUACCUGGGAGAAGAGGCCAACUCCCACCUCACCACUUGCUUUCAGGCAGUUGUUGAGAGCAAUGAGAUCUGCCCGGAGCCUCCACUUCUCCAGACUGAACAGUCCUAAUUCCUGCACGUGCUCUCCAUAAGCCUUGUGUUCUAGACCCUUCAAAGCUUUGGUGCCCUGCUCUGGACACACUCCAGAGCCCUCAACCCUUGGCAUCCCUUGAUUUCUCAUUGUAGCAAGAAGAAAAAAAAGAAAGAAUAUUCUGUAUUUUAGCACAAGUUCUAACAGCACAGUUGGAACAUCCACUCCGGGUUCAUUAUGCUUUGGUAUGAACGGAUAGUUCAGGUUGCAUAUUAUUUUAUUGUAGGCAGUUUUGAAAUGCAAGGGGAAGGCAUGUGAUCACUGCAGGCCUGGAGAGGGGUUGCACUUACAUACACGUGUGAACACCGAGCACGUGUUCACUUUCUGUGUAGAAAUUACCGUUCCCUGAAGCAGAGACAGAGCUGCUCUCAAAGAGCUCAGGAGAAUGACGACGGUCACCGCUGUGCUCCACAGCCAGACGCGCUGCCAGUCCUCGCUGCACACCUACCUAAGGCACCUCUCACAGAACUGGCACACGCACACACAGCCCUCCUGGCCACCGCCGCAUCCCUGCAGAGGUAUCCGCGGACCUCUCACACAGCUCCGCUGCAAGGACGCAGCAACCCACGGGCACCGCUCUCGCAGUCCCUCAGCCCCGAGCGCCCUCCAGGAACAAAGCGCUGCGCACACACCACGGGCGGAGCGCGGCAGCCGCUCGGCAUCGCAUCCGCCGUGCCGCCGACAGCUUCUCCGCGGCCACUUCGCUGCGGGAGGGAAGGCCGCGGGGAAGCGUACAAAGCACCGCAACCGCAGCCUCCCGAAGCCAUCACACGAAGCAGCAGGCGGGCCCGCACCCCGAGCCCGGGUCCCUCCGGAAAGCGCUCCGGCCCAAAGCACGCACUCGAGACGGCGGCUGCCCUCCCCCCGCCUCCCCCCGCAGAGCCACACGGGUCUCUGCCGCCUACGGGAAAGGCUUCGAGCGCCCCGAGGGCCGAGCGCGCGGCCGGCAGUGGGGAGGAGCAGACACUGCCGCGCGUGCGGCGGCAGGAGGAGAGCGGGCAGCGGCACCCGCCGCCCGUUUGGGAAGCCGAGGCCGCACCCCGCGGCGCCUGGCGCCGGCACUCACCCCAUCCCGCCGCGCGGCGCCGCCCCUUUAAACCCGCGCAGGCCACGCCCCUCCCGCCGGCCGCCGCGCCGCGGGCGGGACGGAGCGCAAAGAUGGAGGCGACGGGAGAGGAGCGGAGGGCGCCGGCCGCCUUCGUGGCGGCCCUGGGGCCCGAGACCGGCGGUACCGCGGCCGCGGCGCUGCCCGAGCGGCUGCAGCGGCGGGAGGCGGAGCGGCAGCGCGGCGUGGCGCGGCAGCGGGAGCUGAAGGAGGCGCAGGCGGUGCGGGAGGAGGGCAGCGAGUUCUUCGCCGCCGCCUUCGGGCGGGAGCGAGAGGCGGUGGAGGCGCUGCUGGCGGCGGGGCGACCCGAGGAGGCGGCGGCGCGGCUGCAGGGGCUGCAGAAGCUGCUGACCGAGAGCGUGCGCUUCCUGGCGCCCUACGAGGUGCGGCAGGGCCAGGAGGCCGUGUCCCGACUGCAGGCCGACCUGGCGGCCCGGCGGCAACAGCUGCAGCCCAAGAAGAAGUUCGCCUUCCGCAAUCUGAAGAAGGAAGCGGCCCCGGGCGCCGAGCCGCGCCCCGCCGAGCCCGAGGAGCGCGCCGAGCCGCCGGCCCCGGGCAGCGCCGAGGGGGAGUCGGGCGGGCCUCCGCUGUGCGGCUUCAGCCGCGCCGAGGGCCGGGAGCUGGAGCUGGGCCCGGCCGAGCUGCUGCAGCACGACGUGGUGCUGGAGGAGCUGCGCGGCUGCCAGGUGCGGCUCCGCGGCAACCCCAACACGCUGCGGGUGCGCGAGUGCCGCGGCUGCACCGUGCUGUGCGGGCCCGUCUCCACCUCCGUGCUGGUGGACGGCUGCAGCGAGUGCCAGCUGGUGGUGGCCUGCCAGCAGCUCCGCACGCACCGCACCCGCGGCAGCCGCUUCUACGUGCAGGUGACCAGCAGGGCCGUCAUCGAGGACUGCAGCGAGGUGUCCUUCGCGCCCUACACGUGGAGCUACCCGGGCAUCGAGGCGGACUUCGAGUCUUCCGGGCUGGAUAGAAACAGCAACAACUGGAACCUGGUGGAUGACUUCGACUGGCUGGCGAGCGACAGGCCCUCGCCCAACUGGAGCCUCAUCCCGGAGGAGGAGCGCGUCAGCUGCUGGGACUGACAGCGAGCGAUGGAGCCUGCCGGCGACGUGCUGACCCGCGGGCGGGAGGGCUUCACCCCUGCGUGCCGUAAAAUGAUUGCAGGUGGUGCUUCGGUGGGGAGUUACAGCCCGUGGCUGGCUGCUCUCCUUGAAAAACGCUGCUCGGAUGUAGUUCACUAUUACUAAAUUUGUUGCUGUAAUCUGUAUGUGUCACUGUGGGGUUGGCCAACUGCUGCAGUACCUCGUUGCUGAAUUUCUUUAAUUAAGAUGGGGCUGGGGAUGCCCGUGUUCACGUGGCAGCAAUCCUUGACUGAAGCUGCUGUGCUCCUGUCGCUCAGCCAGGCAGAAUCCGAGCUCCCCGCUAGUGCAAGCUGUAGUCAACUGAAAAGAGGGAAUGCCAAAUCUGUCCCAUUUCUGUGAUGAUGCAAUUACAGACUGCUGUUACGGAUAUGGGGGAGGGGAGUGGUUCGGUGAAGCAGCAAACAGAAGUUUAAAGAGGGAGUUUGUGCAUGCAUACUGUAUGUCAAACAGAGGUGAAUCCUGGGCCGCAGUGCAUCUGGGACCCAGGUUCUGCUGUGUGGGUGACAGCUGUUAGUCAGAUUUCUAUUUCAAGAAAAAAAAAGGUAAAUGAAAAUGUAGUGCUCUCCUACUGUAUUAAUGAAUGAAAUGAAGAAACCUCUAGAAGGUAGAUAAAUACUAAAAAGUAACAGUCUCAAAAUAUGUGAGAGGAAUCUGCUUCUGUAAACAGCAUGAACCUGAAUAAGAUUAGACUUGAGUGUACCUCUCAGGGCACACGUUGUAUGCUGACAGACAUCACAGGUUUCAGGGCAGUGGUGUUCAGGCAUGUCCCAGUGGUUGGUUUUUCUGCCUGCAGCCACUGAGCUUUGCUGUGAUCGUAGCUCACAGCACUGCCACUGCCUAUCGUGUGCAGUGCUGACAGAGGGACUUCAUAAAAUGUGGCAACAGAGCACAGUAUUUGGGUUCCAGAAGAGCAUCUUGCAUAAAGGCCCUUGGUGCAGUUACUUCUCAAGUCCCAUUUAUUCACUCUUGUUCAAUACCAGAAAAAAAUAACGUUAUCGUGGGGGUCUCUUUUUAUAAUGACCCGUUAAUGGUGCAGUGAGCAGUGUGCAAAACCAGCCCCUUCCUUAAGAGGGAAAUCAUUACCUUGCCUAAGCAGCAGCUCAAAAGUUGUAUUUAAGAACUUUGCCAAGUAUUUAUGCUGCCCUGUCAUUGUAUGUGCCUCUAACAGAAAAAGAAUACUGAUUAAUCCAUCAAAACUGCAUCAUUGCUGUGAGGAGUAUUUUGAGUUCUUAACUGCUUUAGAGCAACAGAGAAACCUAACCUGUUUUUUCAGCACAUUUAAUUUAAAAGGGGAUGAAAAAAGGGGUGUUUUUUUUUAUACGUAUUUUCACAACUUCACAGUUUUGUUUACUUCUGUUGAUGUACACUUUUUUUAAAUGAACUGGAUUUUGCAUUUCA